CCCCCUCCUAUCACCACCACCACCUUUGCCAGCGGGCCAGCCAGCCUGCGGAGAUUGCUAGGUCCCGGUGCCGGGCUGAGGCUGGGGCUUGAAGGGGGGCAGACAGCCGUGAGGACCUGGAGGGCGCCCGGGGCAGCCCCGGGUGUGACUAUGUAGGCGCCGCUGCACCGUCGAGCGGGAUGUUGCAGCGGGAGGUGGAGUAGGCGGUGGUGCCCUCCGUGGGGAGUCAGGCGGCUCCGGGAGGCUCCGCAGUGCCGCCGCCGUCACCCGGGAGGCUCCUCUCGGGAGCCAUGUAACCCUGCGGCGGACUUCCAGGCUCCUCCGUCCUCCCCCCCAUCCCCACCCCCACCCCAUCCCACCCCAUCCCAUCCCAUCCCAUUCCCCAACCCCACCCCUUCCCCGGUUUCCCGGACUAUCGCUGCAGCCCGGCCACGAUGAAGAAGCAGUUCAAUCGUAUGCGCCAGCUGGCCAACCAGACGGUGGGCAGGGCAGAGAAGACUGAAGUUCUGAGUGAAGACCUUCUUCAGGUGGAGAAGCGGCUGGAGCUGGUGAAGCAGGUGUCCCACAGCACACACAAGAAGCUCACUGCCUGUCUGCAGGGCCAGCAAGGGGCAGAGGCUGACAAGCGUUCCAAAAAAUUGCCUUUGACGACACUGGCUCAAUGCUUGAUGGAGGGGUCAGCUAUCCUAGGAGAUGACACACUUCUUGGGAAGAUGUUGAAGCUCUGUGGAGAGACAGAAGACAAAUUGGCUCAGGAGCUGAUUCAUUUUGAAUUGCAAGUUGAGAGAGACGUCAUUGAACCCUUGUUCUUGCUGGCUGAGGUAGAAAUCCCGAAUAUUCAAAAACAGAGGAAACAUUUAGGGAAGCUGGUACUGGACAUGGACUCAUCACGCACAAGGUGGCAGCAGACUUCCAAGUCUUCAGGUUUGUCCAGCAGCUUACAGCCUGCAGGUGCCAAAGCCGAUGCCCUCAGGGAAGAAAUGGAGGAAGCUGCCAACAGAGUGGAGAUUUGCAGGGACCAGCUCUCCGCUGACAUGUACAGUUUUGUGGCCAAAGAAAUUGACUAUGCAAACUACUUUCAAACGCUAAUAGAAGUACAGGCUGAAUACCACCGGAAGUCACUGACACUCCUGCAGGCCGUGUUGCCUCAGAUAAAAGCACAACAGGAGGCAUGGGUAGAAAAGCCUUCCUUCGGAAAGCCCCUGGAAGAACACCUAACGAUCAGCGGCCGGGAGAUCGCCUUCCCCAUUGAGGCAUGCGUGACGAUGCUACUUGAGUGUGGGAUGCAGGAGGAGGGACUCUUCCGAGUGGCUCCAUCUGCUUCGAAGCUGAAGAAGCUGAAAGCUGCCCUGGACUGCUGUGUGGUGGAUGUGCAGGAGUACUCAGCGGACCCCCAUGCCAUUGCAGGAGCUUUGAAAUCUUACCUCCGAGAGUUGCCAGAACCUCUUAUGACCUUUGAACUAUAUGAUGAGUGGAUUCAGGCUUCCAAUAUCCAGGAGCAAGACAAGAGGCUGCAGGCCCUGUGGAACGCCUGUGAAAAAUUACCCAAGGCCAAUCACAACAACAUCCGAUACUUGAUCAAAUUUUUAUCCAAACUGUCUGAAUAUCAAGAUGUAAACAAGAUGACUCCCAGUAACAUGGCAAUUGUGUUAGGACCCAACUUACUAUGGCCACAAGCAGAAGGGAAUAUCACGGAGAUGAUGACCACAGUUUCACUGCAGAUUGUGGGGAUCAUUGAACCCAUCAUCCAACAUGCAGACUGGUUCUUCCCUGGGGAGAUUGAGUUCAACAUCACAGGGAAUUAUGGGAGUCCAGUGCACGUAAACCACAAUGCCAACUACAGCUCAAUGCCCUCCCCUGACGUGGACCCUGCGGAUCGGCGUCAGCCCGAACAGGCCCGCCGGCCCCUCAGUGUUGCCACGGAUAAUAUGAUGCUGGAGUUUUACAAAAAGGAUGGCCUUAGGAAAAUCCAAAGCAUGGGCGUGAGGGUCAUGGACACCUCCUGGGUAGCUCGAAGAGGCUCCUCGGCCGGCCGGAAAACAGCCUGCGCCCCGCCCAACAUGCAGCCUCCUGCCCCUCCCGCUGAGCUUGCUGCACCUCUGUCAUCACCCCUUCCGGAGCAGUCCCCCGAAGGCCCAGCGGCAUCCAUGCUUUCUCCAUCCAGCUUGGGCCUCCAGCCUGGGGUUGAGCGGACCAGCACUUCUAAAAGCAAGGAGCUUUCUCCAGGAUCAGCACAGAAAGGCAGUCUGGGCUCCAGCCAGGGGACAUCCUGUGCAGGGGCACAGCCAGGCGCCAGCCCCAGUCAGCCGCCUGCAGACCAGAGCCCUCACACCCUCCGAAAAGUUUCCAAGAAGCUAGCACCAAUUCCACCCAAGGUCCCCUUCGGCCAGCCGGGGACUAUGACUGACCAGUCCGCAGGCCAGCCAUCCCCACUUAGCCUGUCCCCCACCCCACCCAGCACCCCUUCGCCCUACGGACUGAGUUACCCUCAAGGGUACUCCUUGGCCUCAGGCCCUCUCUCCCCAGCUGCGGCUCCUCCCCUGGCGUCUCCUUCUGUCUUCACGAGCACUUUAACCAAAUCGCGGCCCACCCCUAAGCCCCGACAGAGACCUACCCUGCCGCCGCCUCAGCCUCCCACGGUGAGCCUCUCCACCUCUAGUCCGCUGUCCACGGAGCAUCCAGUGAUAGAUGGCAUGUCCCCCGGGGAAAGCAUGUCUACAGCUGUGUGACAUGAGUGAUGCAGUUUUGGAUACGGUGUGAGGGGGAUUACCAGGAUCUUGUCCACUUUGAUAUCCCCUCCAUCCACGUAGAGCUCGGGUCCACACUCCGCCUGAGCCCCCUGGAGCAUGUGCGGCGACACUCGGUGACUGACAAGAGGGACUCAGAGGAAGAGUCAGAGAGCACCGCCCUCUG